GCCGAUCAGUCUGCGCAGCGCCGCAUGCAGUCGAGUGCUAAUGACAACAACAUGGCGGGUAAUUCAAAGGAGCAGCAGCUGUCUCUGAAAGUUUAUAACACCCUUCAGGGUCUGGGAUGUCCUCUGGUGGAUGGGCUGUACCUGAGGGAGGCAGACAGCAUGCAGGAUCUUCUGUGUACACCUUCAUUACAUCGCACUGAUAUAUUGAAAUGGAUUUACGUAAGCAUUUGUCCAUCUCUAACGGAGAAGUUUUCGGCAAUUAAAUCAACUCAAGAAUUAAUUCAAGACUUCACACGGUUUGGGCAUGAAAUGAUGCUAUGUAAAGCUAAUGACCAAGAUUUAAUAAAGGGCCUUGCACCACCUUUACGACAGCUUGUGUUUCUGGAACAGCUUCUCAUGGUUAUUCAAGCUGACUCUUCUAUGUCCUCUGGGCAUAGACAAAACUUAUCAUCUGGAGAUGAACAUGUGAAGAAUGAAGAUCUUCUUGGGCUGCUGAUGUCUCAGGAUCACUCAUCUGACCUGGACAUGGUCAUGAACCCAACCUGCAAUCCUUGGUCCGCCCACAUCCGAGAACAUCUGAUACGAGCACAUUCGGCACAAAACAAGACGAAUGGAAACCACAGUAAACCUAGCGAUGGCAUAAACAGAAGUCAUGAAGAAGAGGAAGACCUAACUGAAGCCUUAGCACUUCUGCAGUCUACGCAGAGCACAUUAGAAGAGCUUCAAAAAGAGUGUGAGUUCCUGCAGUCGCAUCCCUCAGGUUCUGCAGCUGCGCUGUCUCCCUGUGCAUUGAAAGUGGCCAUAUCUGACAUGUCUCAGUUCAUGACGGCCUUCAGCCACAUCUACAACACUGACUUUAAAGGUUACUGUCAGAAAGCCCCUCCUGCUCUCAGUUCAAGCACAAAUGUGUUCCAGUCUGUACAUCAGCUCCUUCACACUUGUAAUAUGGAGCUUGCGGCUCUUAAGCAGCUGUUUGAAACUUCAUUGUCCCUUACACAAACAGUGAAAGAGCUACAGACAGAAAAGCGGUACUGGUCUAGAGGAGAAAAGCACACACUGCCCAACCAGUUGGAGGAGCUGAAGAACAAAUAUGUGACUUUUCUCUCACUUCACCAAUCAUAACUCAAAGAGUUGUCUGUAAGCUUCUCUUAUUAGCAUAUUUAGCAGAUUUGUGUGGCAACGAAGACAUGAGCUGGCAAAAUAAGAGUUUGUAGGCCUUUUGUUUGCCUGACCAGGACUGUUUUAAUGUAAUGCUUUGUAUUUUCACAGCUGCUCUGACAUGCACACAAUAAGGAAGUAUUAACUGUCAUCUGACCUGACAUGUAUCAUGUUAUUUUUCAGUAGACAUAUACUGAUGAUGCAUUAUUUGUCAUUUUUAUUCCCUUUUAUACAACACAAUUGUAAUGGCUCUAAUAAAAAACAUAAUUUUCUCCAAUGGUUUCAUGCUGUUUGAGGUAUUUUACAGUUGUUAAUAAGUGAUUUGACUUACAAAUAUGCAGCUCCAGUAUUACACAAUUGUUUUAAUGUACCUGUAUGGCAUAUGCAAUCAUUGGUAUUAUUUAAAUACAAAAAUUAAACACAGGGUGUUGACCAUGGUUUUUGUAUCAUUGGGUCAGAUAUCAGGUCAUCCUGACCUCAACAUACCUGAACACACAAUAUAGUACUGUGCAAAGGUCUUAGGCCACCAUGCCAGAUUCAGAUAUUUUGUAUUUUGUAUAGCAUCAAUAACAGAAAAGGUGUCAAACAAUGGAUUGUUUUUCUUUAAAAGUCUGUAUCGUUUUAAUUAAUUUCAUUUUAAACAACUGGUGACACUUUUAAAUGGUUAAAUUCAUUGACUGUAAUUUGCUUGAACUUUAUUAAUUUAAUGAAAUUUAUUUAGUUAACACAAAUAGUUUCUCAUCUUAGUUCAUGUUUGUGAUUUUAAAAUUGCAUACUAAAUGUUGAGAUAAACAGUAAAAAUAAUAGAUGCUUUUUCAUGGAACCAAAUUUAUGGUAUCAUGAGUUUUGUCUGGAUUUGUUUAAUGCUUACACUAUAUUGUUAUGGUUAACUUUAAAUUCCUUUCUUGUGUUUCAGACAGGUAAUGAUGGCUGAUACUUCAUUUUCUCAGACCAACUUAUUUGAUGAUGUUUAAGUAGUCCAAACAGCAUAUAAAAUUACUAGCGUGUGACUAAUUGCUUAUCAUGUCUUUUAUUUUUUUAUUUUAAGUGGCUUUACUUAAAUAGCACUUUCAUUAAACACUGUUUUGAGUUUUGUCUAUGUUUUGGAAGCAUUUUGUCUGAGAUAAUGGCUUGGUUUUCACAGACAAGGCUUAUCUUAAGCCAGGACUAUGCCUUAGUAAAAUUAGGAUUAUCUUGAGAUAAAACAAUGACGUUGACAUUUUUUAAGAUAUGCUAGGACAAGUUAUUUUCAGUUAAGACCGCUCAAACAUUCAUUUUUGUCUGAGACAAGCUUUAGGCCUCGUCUGUAAAACCAGGCAAUAGUAAUUUACUGUAG